GCGACGCGAGCUUCACGCCUCCUGUCGCUGCUGCUGCUGCUGCUGCCGCUGCUGACACCGCUGUUGCUGUUACCACUGCUGCUGCUGCUGCUCGACCUGUGUGCGCUCCCCUAGAGUCACGCACCGAGACGCAGCUGCGCCUUUUCACAUACACACUAAGCGAAAUUCCGCCUCUUGAAGUCAUGUAUAUCUUAACCCAGCUCUUUGAGGCGGGGUAAGAACUCGUGGACAGAUUGACAGAAGGAAAGGAAACAUGCACAGAGCCACACCCCGCGACAGUGUAACUUCAAGUCAAUCAAAAACUAUUUGAGCAUCAAUUUCCAUUUCAUACUCUUUGAUGUUUAAUGUAUAUUAAUCUCGGCUUCUAUAUAUGUGUGCAAUACAUUGAUAUUUUACUGACUUCGUGCUUGUGGUAUAUAGAAAUUCCUGGAGAUUUUUAAAUGAUUUUAUAGAAAAUUAUAAAACGGAAUGUCUUUAGUGGAGUACACAGUCCGGGCUGAUCUCAAACAGCUCAAAUACAAUGUGAAAUAGUGCAAAGUGAUGAAAUUUGUUAGUGUCUAAAUACAGAACAUUUAGUAAUAGACUUUUAAGUAAUCUUUGUAAACUUGUAAACAGUGUUUUUCAUCAGCGUUGACAAGUGCAUUGUGUUGUCUAUCGAUGUAUACUGAUACCUUCAUUCUGCACUGAACUUUUGCAUUAUACAUUUUUGACGUUAUACAUCUUCUAGUUUUACAUGUUGCCUAGUGAUGAAUACGCAACAGUGUUGAUAUUGCAAGAGGAACGUCUAGUGUUUCCUGUAUGAAGAGCUCAAAUCCUAUUUCAAUUAAACCGUAGUUCAAGACGAGCGGAUGUGUGCGGUUUCCUUUUGAAAAUUUUCAAGUUAAAUGAAUACUAUUUCGUAGUGUUUUCCUAAUCGCUACGACACGUCUACUGGGGCAGUACCUAUAUGUGUGUGUAGGGGGAUAGGUGUGUGUGUGUGUGUGCACUCUCAAAGACACUUAACAGUGUAUUCCGGACAGCUGUGUGUCCACCGUCAAGCCACUCAAGCGUGACUUGCGGGCAGGUGUGUACAAUCAGGCUACUCAACAGUGACUUGCGGGCAGGUGUGCACAAUCAGGCUACUCAACAGUGACUUGCGGGCAGGUGUGUACAAUCAGGCUACUCAACAGUGACUUGUGGACAGGUUUGUUCCCUCUCCACCCACUCAGAACACCGAGAUUACACUCAGUUCUUAGUGUUUUAUGUCAGUGUGUAUUUUAAGAACCUCUUUAUUCACACGGUCAGCGAAUACUGCCAAUGAUCGCAUUUCUCAGACGAGUAACCUUUCCGGCUAUAUCAUCGGACGCCGUCAUUUAGAACUCAAAAUAUACUGUAAAUAAUGUCGCUUGACACGCACUGAAAAGUCCAGCAAGAUGUACACCAUUACUCAAACAUGAAAAUGAAUGCAACAGAGGUUUAAUACAAAAAAAAUAAAGAAUUGUUUGUUCGAAAAUGGUGAGACGGUACUCGAUGCUGUAGUGAAGACAUUAACAUGAAACAGUUCGGCACAAAGGGUUUAGCAAUGUAAGGAGGACCCUAGGAGACUCGGCAGGACUGAUCCUGUCUAAGACGCCCGGGGGGACUCACAGGAGUGUAUGUGUCACCCCGACACAUCACAGGAGUGAAUGUGUCACCUUCAUUACAGUACAAAAUUUCAGCCCGUGUAAAGACCGCUGCUAUUCAAGAAAGGAGCCACAGUUCACCAAUAUUUACAUAAGGUGUUCUCCAAGAUGAUCCACCAGAAUCUCCCAAAGGUGGCAUCCCUUGCUCUGGUGUGGACCACGUUGCUCUGUCUCCCAGGAUGCGUGUGGGCGUGGCCCCGGGUCCCUCGUCACGUUGUCCCCCCGCCCACCGUCCCGGGACCCACUCUGCCGCCGGUGUUCGAUCCCCAGGUGCCCACCAACGUGACGGUCACCGCCUCCAAGACGGCCCUUCUGUCCUGCGUCGUCCAUAAUCUCGGAAACAACUCGGUGUCGUGGAUCCGGCACCGAGACUUGCAUAUCCUGUCGGUGGGUUCUGUGACCUACACGAGCGACUCGAGGUUCGAAGCAGUGCCCCAGACGGGUAAAGGGGAUUGGAUGCUGCGACUCCAGUACGCCAACACGCGGGAUUCCGGCCAAUAUGACUGUCAGGUCUCCUCCACGCCGCCCACUGCACGCACUGUUCAUCUCACAGUGGUCGAGCCUCAAGCCAAGAUCCUGAGAGCCCCAGACAUACACGUGGGUAUUGGAUCUCCAAUCAACUUGACGUGUGUGGUUCCUUACUCUCCUGAACCUCCAGACUACCUCCAUUGGUACCACAAGGAGCGGAUGGUGCGGGAGGACGGGUUGAGGGUGUGGGUGAGGACGCAGCUGGGUGGCCGAAGCCUGAGCCAGCUGGUGGUGAAAGAUGCUCAACCACAGGACUCUGGCGUCUACACCUGCAGUCCUGCGCACUCACUCGAACACUCCAUUACUGUGCAUGUUCUCACAGGAGAGUACCCGGCAGCCAUGCAGGGAGGGUCGUCGGUCACCUGCGCCGGACGCCGACUCUGGGCACUGCUCCUUACUGCUGUAGUUACUGCUACUGUCUCCACACCGCUCCUACUCACUUAUUUUUAUAUGUAAAUAACAGGUUUUACAGAAAUAA